AUGGACCUGGCGCGGACGGUCAGCGUUGACGUCGUCGAGUGGCGGAGGGUGCAAGACGACCGCGCGUACCUGACUCGGAGGGUUCACGAGCUGACUGAUGAGGUGGAUGAACUCAAGGAUGCGCUUCGUCGCGCCAAGGCUUCGUUAAACGCAUCCAACGGAAGGCGCUCGCCGCGGUCUCGCUCUCGCACGCCCCAACGACCGCCGCGGCACCCUCCCGCGGGCACAUCCGAUCUACCGGGGACGCCCACCGCGUCGGUCCCGUCGCACGGGCGAUCCGUCGCGCGAUGGAUCAGCGGGGACGCGAGCGCGACCCCACGUCACGACCCAUCGACGCGGAUCGGCGCCGUCUCCGCGUCGGGCGGCGGGCGAUACUCGUACCGACACGCCGGUGGCGAGACGCCCAUCAGGCCGGGAGACGGCGUGGGGAACGAUUCGUCGACGGAGACGGACGGCGACGCUCGGUCGUUUGCCGAAUCGUUCGCCACCACGCGCUCGGAGGCCAGGAGGUGGGCCACGCGCGACGAGGCGAGGGCAUCGACGGCGGCGGGUCGAUUGACGCACGGGCAGCGUCAGCAUCAGCAUCAAAAUCAGCAUCAGCAACAUCAGCAGCAUCAGCGGCGGCGGCGGGUGACGGCGACGGCGACGGCGGACGACAACAACAGGAUCGACACGCCGUCGCGCGCGCCCACGCCUUGGUCGUCCGCGAGCAGGCUGGACGCGGCGGAGCGGAUGGCGCUGCUCCAGGCGGAGAUUGAAUCGCUGAGAGUCGCGAUGGAAGCUCCGUACGACGCGUCGAACGAUGGGCGAGGAACGACGGGCGGGGGGAUCGCGCCGGCACCCUUGGAACUUUUAUUCAGCGACGGCGGCGAGCCGUUACCGCCGCAUCCGUGGAGAGGCGUGAGCGGCGCCGAGCGCGUGUACGCGGCCAGUUUGACAAACUCGAGGUCGGACCAGUCCACGCGAUCCACCGGCAGCGCGGCGUCCACGCCCGUGAGGGGGGAACGGUCGUCGGCGAACAGGCGGCGGCACGGGAGGAGCUCGAGCCGCGAGUCCCUCGGGUCCCCCGCUCGGCCAAAGAGGACGCCCGAGGAGGCGACGUGGGACGUGAACGUGGACGACAUACUGUGA